AGGCCGCGCAAGGCCGCUCUAGCUGCCAGUGCCUCUGUCAUGGCGUCUGAGGCGCUGUCUGAGGAGAACCCGCCGCGGUCUCUUUAGAGCGAGGGGCGGGCGGCUGGGUAUGGAGAGCGGCCCCGAGAGCCUGCAGCCGCUAGAACACGGAGUGGCCGCCGGGCCGGCGCCAGGGACAGGUUCUCCGCAGGAAGGGCGACAGGAGACCAGGCUCGCCACUGGGGAUGGUCCUGGAGUAUGGGCGGCGGAGAGCAGCGGCGGGAAGGGGCAGGGGGCGGCAGCCGCCGGGAGGAGCCUCUCGGACUCGGCUUCUCCCGCCGGCUCGCCUCGGGUUCUCGUACCCUGCAGCUCCCUCCCGGGCUUGGACUUGAAGGGGAGCGAUUUGGAGAGUCCUGCUGCCCAGAAGGCGCCUCUGACAGGGCAGCACAAGGUGACCGCCUCCCCGGAGGCAGCCGAGGCCGGAGCCGACCAUGAGUUGGGUCCGGCCGGAGACGCGGGCGCCCUCCCGGAUCCCGCCGGCACCUGCCGGGCAGAGUCGGCGGCCGCGGGCUCCGAGGAACCCAGCAGCGGCGGCGGCCUCAGCAGCAGUUGCAGCGACCCGAGCCCUCCCGGGGAAUCGCCGAGCCUGGACUCCCUGGAGUCGUUCUCUAACCUGCAUUCUUUCCCAAGUAGCUCCGAGUUCAAUAGUGAGGAAGGAGCUGAGAACAGGGUCCCCGAGGAGGAGGAGGGCGCGGCGGUGUUGCCCCGGGCUGUGCCUCUGUGCCGAGAGGAGGAGCAGGAGGAGGGGGAGGCAGCCCAGGUGCUGGCGGCCUCCAGGGAACGCUUCCCGGGACAGUCUGUUUAUCAUAUCAAGUGGAUCCAGUGGAAGGAAGAGAACACACCCAUCAUCACGCAGAAUGAGAAUGGCCCCUGCCCUUUACUGGCCAUCCUCAAUGUUUUGCUUCUGGCCUGGAAGGUGAAACUUCCACCGAUGAUGGAAAUCAUAACUGCUGAACAGCUGAUGGAAUAUUUAGGAGAUUACAUGCUUGAUACAAAGCCAAAAGAAAUUUCAGAAAUUCAACGUUUAAACUAUGAGCAGAAUAUGAGUGAUGCUAUGGCAGUACUGCACAAACUACAGACAGGCUUGGAUGUAAAUGUAAAAUUCACUGGUGUUCGAGUGUUUGAAUAUACACCAGAAUGCAUAGUAUUUGAUCUUCUUGAUAUUCCUUUGUACCAUGGAUGGCUAGUGGACCCUCAGAUUGAUGACAUUGUAAAAGCUGUUGGUAACUGCAGCUACAACCAGCUAGUGGAGAAGAUCAUCUCUUGUAAGCAGUCAGACAACAGUGAGCUGGUUAGUGAAGGCUUUGUAGCUGAGCAGUUUCUAAAUAACACAGCCACUCAACUGACAUACCAUGGAUUAUGUGAACUAACUUCAACGGUUCAGGAAGGAGAACUUUGUGUGUUCUUUCGGAAUAAUCAUUUUAGCACCAUGACCAAAUACAAGGGUCUACUGUAUUUGUUGGUAACAGACCAGGGGUUUCUCACUGAAGAAAAAGUUGUUUGGGAAAGCCUACACAAUGUUGAUGGCGAUGGAAAUUUCUGUGACUCAGAAUUUCAUCUGCGACCUCCUUCUGAUCCUGAAACUGUAUACAGAGGACAACAAGAUCAGAUAGAUCAGGACUAUCUUAUGGCAUUAUCUCUACAACAAGAACAGCAGAGCCAAGAGAUCAAUUGGGAACAAAUACCUGAAGGAAUCAGUGAUUUGGAACUAGCAAAGAAACUCCAAGAAGAAGAGGAUAGACGAGCUUCUCAAUAUUACCAGGAACAGGAACAAGCAGCAGCAGCUGCUGCUUCUGCUUCUACACAGGCCCAGCAAAGCCAGCCAGCACAAGCCUCUCCAUCGAGUGGCAGACAAUCUGGGAAUAGUGAACGUAAGCGAAAGGAACCUCGAGAAAAAGAUAAAGAAAAAGAAAAGGAAAAAAAUAGCUGUGUCAUUUUGUAACAAGUGUGGAUCUUGUUGGAACCAUCUGUAUGUCUUCAGAAACAAAACCAUAGGAGGAAAGGAAGAAAAACCGAUAAAUACCGUCUGUGCCUGAUUUCCCAAUGGAUUUUGUUCAUGUUUUUCAGGGGAAAGGUUGUUACUUAGUUACAAUCAGACUUUUUCAAGUCACACAGUACACUCUUUACGAGCUGGAGUUUCAUGUUACAAGUUGAAAAUGCUGUGUGUUGUCAUUCAUGAAAAAUAAUGCACUUGUAGCCAAAUAAGCAAAUCACAGCAAAUUUGUGUCAUAGUGACAUUCAUAACUCAUAUCAGUUAGUAAGCUAUUUCAUCUUCUGUUCUAACAAUGAAUAGAGGUAAUUGAUUUUGUCUGAUUCCUUCCUCAAAUCUAAAUAUUAGCACAAUAAUUUCUGAAAUUAAUUUUUACAAUGUUAAAUUAUGAUCUAAUCCAUGAGAAACCAGGGGUUUAAUAUAGAUUUUAAAAGAAAAAGAAAAGACAAAAAUAACAAGAAUAAAUAACCCUCAAUUGUAUAUUGGACUAGUUCAGCCCUUGAACAGCUUUACCUUUCUUUAGGAAUGUACAUUUUAGAUAUAUCUUGAGAACUGAUAAUGGAGCUUGGAUUUAAUUUAGAUAGAAAAAAAAAAGAUUUGUAUUUCUUUUCCAAUAAAAAAAAAAAUUACAUAACACCAAUACUCAUCAAAAUCAAAUCUUAAUAACUUUGUAGUGUUAUAAAAUUUGAGGAAUUUUGAAAUCUUUAAUAUAGGUUACUUGGACCACAGUUACUAUUUAUUGAUAGUGUGAUAAGUGAGUAUAAAGAGGAAACCAUGUGGAUGCUAGGCCUUGUAAAUAUGGAGAUGUAGAAAUAGAAAAGGAGAUAGUUCAGUGUCUGUCUUUUUCUAGAAUUACCUUGAACCUUAAAUUUUAAAUCAUGUUUAUUUUCUAGAAAAUUAAGUACACUUAUUAAAACCAACAAAAAAGCACAUUUUUGAAAGGAUGUUAGAUAAUCUCUGAGUCUAGUAGAAAAGCAUUAGUAAAAAUCUGUUUGAGGAUAAGAAUUUGGAGGAAUUUAUGUAGAAGCAAUCAGAUUAUUCUAACUUAUGAGAACCAAAUAAACCUAUAACAUCUUAUAGUGUUUCUAGGAUUCAGAAAGAAUAUUUAUUGAACUUUAUUAUGAGGCAACACAUAUUUUCCUGUAUUUCUAUAGUUUGGAAAACUAUCCUUAAUAGUCCUUUUUAUAUGCUUUAUAUUUAAAAGUUUGUUUUAGUCAUUUUUGAAAAGACUAUUGCUGCUGCAAGUAGUUACGUGAUUUACAUUCUAAGCCUCAGUAAAUUUGUUUGUUCAAGAGCAUCUUAAUCUAACCUGAGCAUCCACUUGGAGAAUGCUUUUUGUGGUCUGGGGUGACAAAAGACUACAAAAAAAAUGUGGUCUUGAUUUCUUAAGCUAUGUCCUUAACAUUCUCCGUGAUCCAGGACCAGAUAUAAGAUAAAUCUAUAUGUAAAAAGUAAAGUCUUAUUUAUGGAAGAAAUUAUUCUAAGGGAAAUAUCCAGGGUCAAGCUGUAUCUUUUACAUCCUUCUAUACUGCAUGUCUGUUUAUGUUAUACCAUUUGUUAUUCCUUCAAAUUUCAUAUGCUAGCAUGAUAAGUCAUCAGAGAACCUGUUUGGGGUAUAAAACUUUCAUACAAAAUAUUUGGUGAGUCUCUUGAUAAUAACCCAGAAUAUGUGUAUAUUGCUAAAGUAAUCAAAUGUACUACAGAAUUCUCUAUUGGCUCAAACAAGUUGAUUUUUAGGCCAAGUUUAUUCUUGAUAUCACUCUGUUGGUUAAAGGAGGAAACUCAAACCUCAGGGUUUGGUUUUCCCAGAACAGAUAGUAGUGACAGUGCAUUAUAUUUUAUUAAGAAGCAAAACAAUAAAUCCUGAGAAAUUUUAAAAAA